GGGACGGGGACUUCGAGGGCAGGGGAGCCGCCCCACACCAGGUCUCCUUACCAGCGUCUGCUCUGCCCCUUUGUGGUCCAGCACGGUGCCCAGCUACAGGGCAGAGGUGACCAGAGAGGGACACGCAUGGCCUGAGGUCACACAGCAGUGACAUCUAAGUCUUCCUGUCCUGCUGAGCCCAAGAGGCAGCGGGGCGGGGGGGGGGCAACACUGGGGACACUCAGGCCCCCGGCCCCAGAGAGGCCGAGCUAUCAGGGGUCUUGGUGUGUGAGCUCCGCCCUGAGCUGUGUUUGGGGGGGGGGGCUCCAACCAGGUUACCCUGGGGGAAGAUGGUGGCUUGCUGCGUGCAGCUGCCUGAAUCUGUCCACCUCGUCAUCCCAGAGGCCAGCCCAGGUUCCCUUCCGGGCCAGAAAGAUGGGGGAUGGGAUUCAGUUUGUUUUAGUUUAGUGGGGGCGGGGGCUGGAACCCAGCGAACUUUGGAACUUCGCUUGGGCUAGGUAAGAGCUCACCCAUGAGCCACACACACCAGCCCUGUCAGGAUACCUGCAGAUUGAGCCACGUAGGAUGGCACACAUUUGUCAUCACAGCCACCUGCAAUUUCAAGUAAUUUAGUGAAAUCCUGUCUCAGAAUAAAAUAAAAAGGCUGAAGUGUGGCUCAGUGGUGAGUACCUGCCCGGCAUGGACAAGGGCCUGGGUUCAGUGCCCAGAAACCUAGAGAUGGGAGGAAAGACUGAUGGCUAAUUUUAUGUGUCCACCUGCCUAGACCCUGGCACCUGGAUAUUAGGUCAAACAUUAUUCCAGAUGUUUCUAAGAAGGCAUUUUUAAUUUUUUUUUUUUUUGGUACCAGGGAUCAAACUCAGGUCCUUGGGCUUGCUCAGCAGGUGGCGAAACCACUGAGCUAAAUCCCCGGCCCUCAUAAGAAGGUAUUUUUAGAUGAGAUUAAGAUUUAAAUUAGUAGGGGCUGAGGAUUUAGCUCAGUGGCACCAUCCCUGCCUGAUAAGUGCAAGGUCCUGAGUUCAAUUCCCGGUACCAAAAAAAAAGAUUUAAAUUAGUGGACUUUGAGUGAAGCCUAUGGCCCUCCUUUAAGAGGGUGGGCCUCAUUUAAUUAGUUGAAGGCUUAAACAGAAAAAGACUGAGAUCCGCCGAGGAAGAGAGAAUUCUGCUGGCAUGUGGCUUUGGUUGAGCUUGCAGUCCCAAGUCCUGCCUGGGUGUCCUCCCCUAGCUGCCCUGAGGAGUCCCCAGCCCCUUGUAACCACGUGAGACCAUUCUUUACAAUAUCCCUCUCUCCACACACACAUACUGCUGGGCCUGCUUCUCCAGAGGACUGUAAUCUAACUAACAUAGGAGAUUAUCCUGGAUCCCGGCUCAUCUGGAGCUCAGUGUCCCCCAGAGCCCCCCUGAGAGGGCAAGGGAGGGUGAGCGGACUAGAGAGGCUGAAGAUGCUGUGCUGCCGCCUCUGCAGAUGGAGGUCAGGGCUGCGAGCUGAGGGCUCCAUGCUCCGAAGAGCAGACUUCAAGGGGUAAACAGGCCCUCCCAGCCCUUCUGUCAAGCAGCCUGGACCAACCCCCCCCCCCAACCCGUGCCAAACUCCAGGAAUCCCAAGCCUGGGAACUGGAAGGAAACGCCCACUCUGCCAUCCAGAGCCUUAAGGUAGAAUUGCUAUUGGCUUCCAUCCCUGAGAACGAGAACGGCCAACCUAGGACAGUGGUGAAGGAAGAAGAGGCAGGCAGGAUGGGCAAAGCCAGCAUGGAGUGGGGGACCGGCUCCUGCCCCUCAAACCAAGUGUUCCAGCCGGGCUUGGAGGCACAAGCCUGUCAUCACAGCACUCUGGGAGGCUGAGGCAGGAGGAUCACAAGUUUGAGCCCAGCCUGGACAACUUAGUGACUUAGCAAGACUCUGUCUCAAAAUUUGAAAACAAUAAAAUAAAAAGAACUGGGGAUAUAGGCCCCAGUGUGAAGGCCCUGGAUUCAAUCCCAAUAGGGCAAAACCAAAACCAAAAACCAACCAAACAAGUCAUCACACUGGCAUCUGUCUGUGUGGCUUUUCUAGACCACAACAGGUGCCACCGAUAAGGCAGCUUCAAAAAUAGACAUGGAUUCCCACUGCCCACUGGAGGCAGCAAGUCGGAGCUCAAGGUGUGGACAGGGCCGGCUUCCUCAGGCUGUGGGGAGAAUCUGUCCCUGCCGUUCCCUGCCUCUGGUGGUGGCUGGUGAUCCUGGGAGGUGGACCUGUGGAGGGACCACCCCGAUCUGUGCCUCUGUGGUCUCAGCCUUUCUCUCCAUGUUUAUCUGCGUCCCAGUGGUUCGCUUUAAUGAGGACAGCAUCACCAUGGAUGUCCUAGGACCCACUCUAAUUCCACUGCAACAAACAUGAUUGAUUGAUUGACUAGUUUGCUUGUUUUUUGAGACAAGGUCUCGCUGUUUAGUCCAGGCUGGCCUUGAACUCACUAUGUAGCCCAGGCUGGCUUCGAACUCACUGUGAUCCUCAGCCUCUCAAGUCCUGGGAUGACAGGUGUACAGCCCUGUGCCCCUGCACCCUGGUUCUUUUUAUUUAGGGAAAAUUCCAUUGAUGUUUUUAGUUGUGUCUUUUUUUUUAAAUUAAGGACAAAUUCCAUUCACUUUCAAGGAUUGAGAAUAAUCCUCUUUGGCUCCAGUUUCUGUCCUGGGGCCCACGUGGUGCUGUCACCGCCUUCUGGCUCUCCCUGGUAGUGACUGAUGUCACGUCCACACACCCGUAGCUUAGCCAUCACUGCACCGUGGCUUUUAGUUUUAUCCCAUCAGAAAGAGAGAGCAAAAUUUUUACCAAACUCACUAAAUUCACCCCCUAGACCCACUUCCCGUGAGGAAGAUGGAGGAACCCAGAAACACAAACUGGAAAUCCUCCUGUCUCGGUCUCCCGAGUAGCUGGGAUUACAGGUAUAUACUACCAUGCCCAGCUCACAGGCUCUGGACAAAACAUGGCUGCUCUGUUUGUAGCAUUUUCUGCCAAGGUACACGUUGAUUCCUUCUAAAGCUCAGCUCUGACCCCUAUGUAGACAGGACCAAGAAAUUCAAAGGGAAAAAACAGGACCCAGGGUGUUUAGUUCCUGAUAAUUUCACCCUCCAAACACUGAGGAGUAGGGAACCACUCACUGCACCCUCAGUGGCCACAGAAUGAAGCUGAGGGUGAGGCCCAAGGUCCCCCCAAAAUUCCACCUCUGAUUUAGACAUUGCUUUGGGGCCAGAGGGUGGCUUUUCUCCCUGGCUCACUUUUGGGGAUCAGCUCUGCUCAGCUUGUUCUCAGACUGGCUUUAACCCCAGGGGUCAGAAACUGCCUUAAAAGGGGACAAGGUAGAUGUGGUGGUGGGUGCCUGUCAUCCUAGAGUUUGGGAGGCUGAGUCAGGAGGAUUACAAGUUUGAAGCCAGCCUGGGCAACUUCACAAGACCCUGUCUCAAAAUAAAAACUAAAAAGGGCUGGGGUGUGACUCAGUGUGAAGGCCCUGGGUUCCAUCCUGAUUACGGAGACAGAGAGACAGGUGUCCAGGCCUGCUGUGCUGUCCCCCCUCCCACAGCCCCGCCCAGCGCGCUGAACUUCGGAGCUCAUCGGAAGAGGAAGACGCUGGUGGCCCCAGAGAUCAACAUCUCCCUGGACCAGAGCGAAGGCUCCCUGCUGUCUGACGACUUCCUGGACACCCCUGAUGACCUGGACAUCAAUGUGGAUGACAUCGAGACCCCUGAUGAGACUGACUCACUGGAGUUCCUGGGAAACGGGAAUGACCUGGAGUGGGAAGAUGACACCCCUGUGGCCACGGCCAAGAACAUGCCCGGGGACAGUGCUGAUCUGUUUGGGGAUGGCACGGCAGAGGAUGGCAGUGCCACCAACGGGCGGCUGUGGCGGACCGUGAUCAUCGGGGAGCAGGAACACCGCAUCGACCUGCACAUGAUCCGGCCGUACAUGAAGGUGGUCACGCACGGAGGGUACUAUGGGGAAGGCCUCAACGCUAUCAUCGUCUUUGCCGCCUGCUUCCUCCCCGACAGCAGCGCCCCGGACUACCACUAUAUCAUGGAGAACCUUUUCCUGUACGUGAUCAGCAGCCUGGAGCUGCUGGUGGCCGAGGACUACAUGAUCGUGUAUCUGAAUGGCGCCACCCCGCGGCGGAGGAUGCCGGGCAUCGGCUGGCUGAAGAAGUGUUACCAGAUGAUCGACAGGAGACUGCGGAAAAAUCUGAAGUCCCUGAUCAUUGUUCACCCAUCCUGGUUCAUCCGGACCGUGCUGGCCAUCUCCCGCCCCUUCAUCAGCGUCAAGUUCAUCAAUAAGAUCCAAUACGUGCACAGCCUGGAGGAGCUGGAGCAGCUCAUCCCCAUGGAGCACGUGCAGAUUCCGGAGUGCGUCCUCCAGUAUGAAGAGGAAAGGCUCAAAGCCAGGAGAGAGAGCUCCAGGCCCCAGCCCGAGUUCGUCCUGCCCAGGUCUGAAGAAAAGCCAGAGGCAGUGCUAGAGGAAGACAGAUCUGCGCCAGUCACAGAGGAUCAGGAAACAAGCAUGUCCUGAGGUGGCCAGAUCGAAGAGAAGGACAUAAAAGAAGAUUCCAGAUGCCAAGAAGCCUCUGUCAGAUGCCCUCUGGUCCCAGAACUCACCCCACCUCCUCCUGAGUCCUGCUCGCCCCAGGGGACCCGACUUCUCCAUCCACCUCUGACAUCCAGCGUCCCUGGUAGCUGCUUGGAAACGUUUUUUAAACAACGCAGUUUUAGCACAUUCUGGAAAAGGACCCAGUUCUCAGCCCUCCCCAUGUCCACGCUUGCAAGCUCACAGCCGAGGAGAGGGAGACUUGUGGGCUGCGGCCUGUGUGGCCCUGGUGACCUUCCUGCUGUUCCCAGCCCCGAGGCCACAGGACAGCCCUCCUGGGCACCAGGCGCCAGAUCCUUCUGUCACUGGUCACCCCUCUGUCUGGGGCCACAGACGCCUUCCAGUGUGGCAAGGCCCGGGUUUAUCCCCUGCCUUCCCUACUGGAAUGUGUCCUGCUCCUGGCCCUCAGCCCUGGGAUCUCGGUCCCGAGCAGGACUGUGUCUUGGGACACCUCUCAGCCUCCACUUGUGUCCAGAAUUUACACCCCUGGUUUGUCCCUUGACAGUCCCUGUCGCCUCUAAGGACACCCACUUUCCUUGAGAGCCUCUGAGCUCAUCAUAUAAGAAUGGCUGUCAGGCCACACCCUUGCCUCCUUCUUGGACAUUCCCAAGCCCCUCAUCCUCGGAUCCCACAGCCCAGGGCCAGCUCAAGUGACACCUGUGACAGCCCCAGUGCCAGGUCGGGAUGCACUCAGAGCAGAGGCUAAGAAGCCAGCUCUGAAACAGAGUCCUCCUGGGAACGCAGACAUCAGCUAAGGAAGACACAAGGUACUGGAGGGAGGAGUGUUUCUGAGGUCACUUGGGAAAAUAGAUCCCAGCAGGCUGGAUGCUGUGGUUCCCUGCAUUCCAAACUCAAACCCCUGUCAUCCCAGCACUCAGGCGGCUGAGGCAGGAGGAUGGCUGUGAGUUUGAAGUCAGCCUGGACUGCAUAGCAAGAUCUCUCUCAGAAAAACCAAAAAGAAAAAAGAAAGAUGGGCUGUUCUUCUAGCGCCUCAAGACUAUCAGGGGUCGGCUACAAGCAGUGAGCUCGGUCGGCAUCUCCGGGGGCAUUUAAGAAAAGGCAAAGCAGUGUUUGCAGAAAGUGAUUCCCCUGUGUUCCCUUCAUCCCUGUGUCUCCCUUUUGAUCAAAACCUGAGUGGCAUGUUUUCCAGGCCCUCAGCUUCCUGCUGCCUCUGAGGCCAAGCUUCAGCGAGAGCCACCGAGGUCAGGGUGACAGCCCAGACCUGGGACAGCAAAGGGACAAGUCUCGGGCUAUCCCGACCACGGGAUGGGACACAAAUCUGAGACAAGACUACCAGGCUGUGCCAGGAGCAACUUGGCUUCCAGCAUGGCCUGAGAAGGCUGGAACACUUGGGAAAUGGCUUUGUAAUGUGUGUUUCUCACAUGUCAAAUAAGGGACAGACAGAGAAGGUGUCCUGGGUCCCGGAGGCGAAGGCUGCCCCAGGCCUGUCCCUCCUUCGUGUCACCCAGGACCCCUCUGCUCCCCACGAUGAUUCUGGUAGUGACGGUGACCAUGCAGAUGUACAGGUGGCUCUGAAGACCCCAAACUCUCACUCCAGUGAAUGGCACCCCCAUCGAUGGCGACACAGGAUGAUGGACCGGAGGGGGUCUCCAGCAGAUGCCAGGUGUGGCCACCACGGCUUGUCCCCAAGUGGCCCCAGGCACAUAGCGCCACCAUGAACUUUUCUUGGGCCAGGACAUCUGUGGGCCGAAACUUCUGCCCCCCCAGGAAACACAGUGGGACCACCUGUCCCCAUGGCAAGGGACAGGCCACUCAGAGCCUUCUGGAUCACCAGCAGCCACAGGCAGCCAGAGACAGCAGCAGGCCAGCGAGGUGGGAAGCCACCCCUGUCCUGGGUGUGAGCCGUGUACACAGCUCCAGGCUCGUCCUAUGUGGGGCCAUUGUUCCCAGGCAGCUGAUGAGGUGCCACCCCAAGGUUGGCAUUCCCAUAGAUUUGCAUCUGGGAAUACUUUGGGGUAAGAGGUGGUGGUGGACCCCGAGCCCUUGUGGUAAAGAGAUGGUGGUUUCCCCUCUUGUGACAUGUGGGGUGUGGCCUGUCGCCUCCUCAGAGUGGCACCGUGCAUACCCACCCUCCCAGCCCAUUCUUUGGUUUUUACACUCAGAAAUAAUCAUGAUGGUAGCUGUCGUGACGGGGAGAUGCCAUCUUUAUGGGCUCUGGGGGGUUUAUGGAAAAUGAAUACAUCAUUACUGGGAAGGG